AUGAAAGGAUUUCUUGGAUCAGAAGGAUUUCUUGACUUGAUUUUUGACAUCCGCCGAGUGACCCCGCCUACAUUCUCAAUCGGAAUAUCUUUUGCUAUCAAACAGAUCAGUUGGAAAGCGGACGAAAGAAGUCACGAAAGUGUUCCAAAUUGGAAACCUUGCGAAAACGGGAUGUCGACCGAUAUUUGGAGCAUCACGCGGCCGUUCGACUCGGUGAUGACGCCGAAGCUCGAGAGUCUUGGAGAUUUUCUCCAAAAACACCCCAACAGUGAUGGACGGGGAAUAAAAAUCGCGAUUCUGGAUACGGGUGUCGAUCCGAAGCUCGAAGGAAUGCAGGUGACGACAACUGGUGAGCCAAAACUCGUGAACAUCUUUGAUUGUUCGGGUGCUGGAGAUGUUGACUGCUCUCAUCAAGUUGCGUCAAAAGAUGGGAUUGACGUUGUUGGAUUGACGGGCAGAACCUUGAAUGUGGCAGCAAUCAAGAAUCUCAACAAUCCGUCAGGGAAAUUCUAUCUGGGGGUCAAGCCGAUUCACGAGCUUUACCUGAAAGGGUUGAAAGCAACAAUGGAUAAAGAGCGGCACACUCCAAAUUGGGAAUCCUCUUCAAAUCUGGCGUUGGCAAAUGCUCGACGAGCGCUCGAAGAACACGAGGAAGAAAUUGGAGGAAAGGCAUCGGAUCGGAAAGAGCGUUUGAAACGCGAGGAUCUCGCCUGUCGAGUCGAUUUCCUCAAAGACAACAUCAAAAAAGAGGACAAAGGGCCGGUUGCCGAUGUGCUGAUGUGGAAUGAUGGAAAAUCUUGGAAGGCUUUGCUUGACAUCUUUUCGACGUCUUUUCGUCGUGCUAUACAUCUUUUCGAGGCAAAUUGGGCAUGUGGGACUAUUGAUGGAGAUCAGCUCACUUAUGCUUUCAACAUCUAUCCGGAUGAGAAGAAAUUGGAGAUCGUGACGGCGUGUGGAAGUCACGGAUCACAUGUCGCAUCGAUUGCUGCCGCCAACUACCCGAACAAUCCGGAUUUGAAUGGAUUGGCUCCAGGUGCAAAGGUAAUCUCAAUUUGCAUUGGCGAUGCUCGUUUGAAUGCAACUGAGACGGGAACAGCGUUGACGAGAGCUUUCAAACUUUGCCGAGAUCUCGACGUCGAUGUGAUCAAUAUGUCAUAUGGAGAAAGAGUCAAUUUUACGGAUACUGGACGGGUGAUUGACGAGUUGAAGAAAUUGCUGGAGGGCGGGAAGACGCUUUUCUUCUCUUCCGCUGGCAAUAAUGGUCCGGCUCUCUCAUCGGUUGGAUGUCCGGGUGGAACGACUUCUGGAGUCAUUGGUGUUGGCGCUUUGCCUCUUCCCAAUCAGCUCUCACAACUGUAUGGAACGGCGAUGAAUGUCAACAAGCCGGCACCGUUCUUGUGGUCAAGUUGUGGGCCAAGUGCCGAUGGUGCUGACGGAGUGUCAAUCUAUGCUCCGGGAGUCGCGUUUGCUGAGGUGCCCAAAUACACUCGGAAGUGCAAUCAAUUAAUGAAUGGGACAAGUAUGCGCUCACCGAAUGCUGCUGGAGCUGUGGCUUGUCUGCUAUCAAAAUUGAAAGAAGACAAGCAGAACUAUUCUCCGUACGAGAUUCGAUUCGCUCUUGAACAA